GCACAAUGGCGAAUUCUUCCUCGGAUUCCAUUGGCUCAUUUUCGGCUGAAAAAAUGGACCAGAAAACAAAGGAUAUAUUCAAUGGAAAAGCAUUGAUUGAUAGGCUUUUAGUGUACUUUUCUAAGUUUGAAGGUAGUCGAGAUAAAGCGAAACGUUACGCCCAAAAACUGCUCGAUUUGGGUCAUAUUGAAAGUUUGGCCCAAUCUCUGACGUUUGAAGAUUCGUCGCAGGAAUACAGAUGGACUGAUGUUGCGAGUGUUGUAAACAAAGCAAAGGCAAAAGUAGCCGCGCAAGAUGUUUCAAAUAAUAGUAUAGUAAAUGGUGAAGGCAAUGAACAUGAAAGCAGAAACGCGAAGCCUCGCAGGCCUACAUUACGAAUCAGUAUAGAAGCUGAUAACUGCGAUGGUGCUGAAAUUCAAGCACAUAUACGUACAAAUCCGACAACUAAAAAUAGCAUGACUCGAUCUUCAACAAAGUCUGGAGACACAAUUUGCUUUUCUGGAGUUCAAAACGGAAAGAUGAUAAGCUUCGUCACCGAGACUUCAAAAACUGAGGAAGUACUACGAAUGGUGCCAGUGUCGACAGUGAUUAAUGAAGAGGAUCUUUCUCAAAAUUCAAAUUCCAAAAGUAUAAAAUCAAAUUCUGAACAACAAAAUGAUUUUCGUUCAAAAGAUCACCACUGCAAAAAUUUGAAGACGAAACCUAAUCAUGGGAUUAAGGAAUAUAAUUACAAUAGCUCUGAAUCUGACAGCGCGGUUGAGGUAGAUAACUCAAGUACCAUCGAACAAACCACAUCAAUUGACAAUUCAUCUACACCUGGGAAAGGUGUAACUUCAAUGAGUACAAUUACUUUUGAUGAGAAAGUGACUCAAAAUGGCAUGGAGCACACUAGAAAAUUUGAAACGUCAGACGUCGAACGGAAUUUGAUGAGCGAACCAAGUGGAAAAAUAAAAUCUAACUUACAUAAAUAUAAAUGGGAAAAACAAACGACAAAAAUGUCUGAUCAAAGAGAAGAAACAGUGAGUGAUUCCAUUAAAAAAUACGAAUCGAAAAAGAUUUCGAUACCUCAUAACUCUACUCCGCACCCUGGUGGACAAAAUUGUGACAAUAAAAAGGUUAAAGAAAAUCGCCAAAGCUUAUCAAGCAUCAGUAGCCUGAGUGAUUCCGAGAAAAAUUAUCCUUCUCCAGAGGGUAGUCCUCCCCUGCAAACUAAGAAAAUGCAAUUCAAAGGCGACAGUGAGUGGAUAAAAUUAAGGAGAGAAUACCUUGAACAUUCAGAAAUAAGAGAAAUGACGGAACUGAAAAAUGGAGAGACAACCGUAUACAAUGAUACUGGUAUAUCACUUCAUGCAGUGAACGAGGACGUUCGGGAAGAAGAGAGCGAAGAUAUUAUGAAGGAUUCGAAUCUAUCGAAUGUUGAGAAUCUUGUUAUACCAGAUCAACCAAUCAUCCCCAUAUCACCGCCACCAUCUACUCCAACAAGCCCUCGGAAAUCUCCAAGCGAUCUCGGAAUCAAAUCUUUAUUUUGGACAAAACUUGUCUGUGAUUCCACACAACCAGACGAAGCUGAAGGAAUAUUUUGGUCAAAUGUGGAGAAGAGACAUCGAUUUAAUGAAGAAGAGUUUGUGAAAUUAUUCAGCAAACCCGCACCAUCGCCGAUACACAAAACUUCCCGAACAAGAAUAACUCAACAACAAGAACAAGAGUUGGCUGAAGGAAAAGCCCUGAAAGUACUCUCUACGGAAAGGUCUCGUCAAGUUGGCAUCAGAGCCAGCUCUAUUCGACUUCCAGUUGAAGAUAUACAUGAUGCUGUCUUAAAUAUGGACGAUUCCGCCUUAGACCUUGACGCCUUGGAAGCCCUUUACGAUGUCCGACCUACUUCUGACGAACUGGACGAUUUCAGUGAUGCGCUGAAGAAAUUUCCGAACGGAGUUUUGGACAAACCAGAACAGUUUGUACUGAUGUUGGCAAUGCUUGGAAAUUUAGAUGAGAGAUUAAAGAGUUGGAUAUUUGCGAAAAAAUUUCCCGAUAAAAUUCUAGACAUCAAGGAUCAAUUGAACGCGAUGUCAAAUGCAUGCAUCCAAAUCGUAAGAAAUUCAACCCUGCAGAAAUUGCUGGAAGCUGUUUUGAUGCUUGGUAAUAUUAUGAACAAAGGAACACAACGCGGAAAUGCAGAUGGAUAUUUACUAGAUAUAUUGCCGAAGUUAAAAGAUGUCAAAUCUCAGGGUGGUGAUAUAAAUCUCACAUUAUAUUUGGUAAGAUGGAUAAUAUCGGAGCAAGAAAAAUCAAAUUCAGAUUUCAUAAAAAGACAAGACAGCAAAGUUUCAGCGCUUACAGAUGAUGGAGAAGCCAAUGAUUGUCACCUUCCAGGCCAAACCGUUUUACAAAAAGCAUGUUCUGUCAGUAUCCAAGACGUAUUGGAAGAUAUAGAAUGCAUUUCGGCAGAAUUAACCGAAUGUAAAGACCAACUCAUUCCUGCUGUCAUUGAAGGAGCAACUUGUAUUGCGGAAAUCAAGCCAUUCAAUGACAGGAUGACAGAUUUUAUUGGGCAAGCUGAAAAAGCACUGUCCGAACUUCAAACGUUGGCUGCAGAAACAUCUGAUAUUGCUGAGGAAUUUAAACUCUAUUAUGUUCCAACGGAGAACACGAAAACAGAAUCUAUCGGAAACAUGUUAAAGCAUAUCAAUAGUUUUUGUGAAGAUUUUCGAAUGUAUUGGAACGAAGAGAAACGCAAUGCCGCAAAAGAAGUAUUUUUUAAUACGGAAAAGGCAAGAAGACAACGAAUAGCAGCAAUAAAAAUUGCAAAAUCACCCUCGGCUUUGAAAGCGAGAUUUUUGGAGAAAAGAAAGCGAGAUGGUACUAAAGAGCAGAAUGAAAAUAAUGAACUACUAAAACCGAGUGAGAAUUCACAGAAGCAACGGCCGCCAGGACGACGCGAGUUCAGAAAUGAUGGUCACGGGCAACGUCAGGAUACGCCGUUACAUCGGUCUGCCAAUUGGAAGAACUCGAGCACGAAACAAGUACAUGAGGAUUUGAUUUGUAGCCAAAGCACAAGUGGACGCCGUUUACAGGGAGUUUCCCGUUCAAACAACCAAGUUUCAACGCCAUCAUCUCGUGUUCAGAAACCAGUGGAGAGAGCCAAUGUUGCUAACGGCCAUGCUAGUUACGAGGCUGCUUACAAACCCGUGACUCCUACAACCUCGGCCAUCCGACCUGCUAGAAAGACUGGUCCUAAUACCGGCAACACGCCCGUAGCAAUGUCUAGAAUGAAACAAGCUAUGACAAAAAGGCGAUUACUACUGAAGUCAAAGACGUGUUGAUAACAAAGUUGUUUUGGACUAUAGAUGUAGGUCGGACUGCGAUUUUUUACAAUGUUCCGAGAUUAAAAUUAGGAAACUUAAACAUUAAAAAAUUUUCAAUUAUGUAGAAGACAUCAUACUUUCUGCCCGGGUUGAUGAAAUCGAUUUAUUGAAUUUCAGUUUCGGGGCCUACUUCAGAACUAAACAUUUUUCUUAAACAAAACAGUAAUUUUUGACUUGAGGUCCGGUACAAUCACCACGCCAUAAGCUUACUGAAAGGCUCUUUUUUUUUUGUUUAGAUAAUGGUUACUAACGUGAAAUUGCUAUAUUAUCGGUGAUGAAAAUCCUAUUCUUAUAUAUAGUUUAUAAUUUCAGUUUCAAUUUGUGAUAUUUUGAAAGAUUUGUAACUUGUAUAUAUGUUUAUAUUUUGAGUACAGUAUAAUUAUUAAACUGUUGAUUAUACG